AGUGGGUGUAAAGUGCUGAGGUGGCAAUUUUUGUCACAAGUGUGGGUGUGUUUCUCUCCUCUAACUUUUUCUUUUUUUAAAUUUUUUCUACGUCAGAGUUUAGAUAAAAGAGCACAUCACAAUGCUCUGGAGAGAAAGAGGCGUGAUCACAUCAAAGACUCUUUUACGAACCUUCGAGACUGCAUUCCAUCUCUGUCUGGAGAAAAGGUUUCAAGGGCUCAUGUCCUUAAUAAGGCAACGGAAUACAUACGACAAAUGCAGAGAAAUAGCUCAGUACGGACAGUAGAGAUAGACGAGCUUAGAAAAAAGAAUGAGAUUCUUGAAGAACAAGUUAAUGGAUUAGAACAAGCACAAGAAACUGGUGCCCUUUCUUCACCUGAAGAUCUCAUUGCUAGUAUUGCUGAGAAAGUCCAGCAAAGACAGCUUCUUAGGCAGCAACAGCAGCAGCAGGCAAAUUCUAACAAGGCCAAUAAAGUACAGCUGGAACCUUCUGCUGACACUAAUAAUGUAGUAACUGUGGGCCCCAAGGAUAAACCUAAUGAAACCAAUACUCCUGUUAGUAGUGCAGCUGCUAGUGUCACUCCAUCUUCAGCUCCUGCUACUAAUGAUCAAGCAAACUCUUUUAAUAUACUUGCCAACAACAUUAGGACGACUCAGAACCUUCUCUCGGCACUGGCAAAGAACCUUCCGAGUACUACCAACAAUCAAAUGAGAGCUAUAGCUGCUCGUGUUCUAGCAUCACCAGUCAGACCACAAGGCAUGCCUCCAGCUUCAAUACCAAGAGGUGUUGUGACAGCAACCACUGUUCCACAAUUGACUGAGCAGCUUCCCAAAGCAGUAGUGACUCCCCCUCCUCUCCCUCCACCUGUCUCCGCGUCGCAAGAGGCAGUUACUACCACUGUCUCGGCUGGAGGCAGUCAAACUAGUCAAACAAGUACAGCAACUACUGAAGCAAGUGUCGUCUCGUUACAAGGGAAGGAGACACAGACUGAUAGUGAAGAUCAACCACCGACUAAGCGUUUCAAGGCAUCUGCGACCGUGUCCGAGUAGUCUUGUCCUUAUGUCUUAUAUAGUAGUGCUCUCUCUGCCUUUUUACUGUCCCUUAUAGGACAGCUUGGGAUUAUGAACUACACUCACACACCAUUUGCAUACACAUGCACAAAAACAGUUAUUUUAUUACUUGAAUUUAACAAAAAAAGAAAACAACUAAAAA